AUGUCCUACUUCCUCCCACACCUGCCAACAGGCUGGCACGUCGAUCAAGCCAUCUUAUCCGAAGAAGACCGAGUCGUCAUCAUCCGCUUCGGCCACGACACCGAUCCCGUAUGCAUGGAAAUGGACGAAACACUCUACAAGAUCUCAACAGCCGUCCAAAACUUUGCCGUCAUCUACCUUGUCGACAUUACACAGGUACCGGACUUCAACAAGAUGUAUGAGCUGUACGAUGCAUGUUCAACCAUGUUCUUCUAUCGUAACAAGCACAUCAUGAUUGAUUUGGGGACUGGUAACAAUAACAAGAUCAACUGGGCAAUAACCGAUCGUCAAGAGCUGAUUGAUAUUGUGGAGGUGGUCUACAGAGGUGCAAGUAAGGGUAGAGGUCUGGUUAUUAGUCCCAAAGACUACUCGACGAGACAGCAAUACUAG